GUCCCCAAAAUGAAUCCAACUGCUACAGUUUUUGUCAUCGCUUUGCUUUUCGCUGUGGCCACAGCCGCCCCACAGCCCAACCAGGGAACGGCAGAGGACACUGAACCCGUCGUUACUUUGACGACAUGUGGUGGCCAUGUGGACGCAUCAUCUGCCACGAUCCAGUUUCAACUUGGCGGGUCAAUCCGUGCCGACAUGAGGUGUGUUUGGAUUGUGCAGACACCUUAUUUUACGCAGAGGUUCAACCUGAUUGCUUCCGGUCUGAAGGAAACAGACGGUCUUUACAUUACUGCGGUAUCAAAGGCUUGGCUUGGAUACACUGACAAAUUAUCUUCAAUUGGUCAAAACGUGACCCUAACCUCAAGAAGCGCGAUUAUCACCUUGAUCGCUGGACACGCGCCAACGCUUGGAUUCAAGAUGGAAUUUUAUUCUAGCGGUUCCUCCAUCAGUCCAGAUGUUACCAGUCACGCAAUCUUAACCACAACGAAGGGAAAUUUGACCCAUCCCAGUAACGGUGGAAAUUAUGGAAAUUACGAGAACGCCUUGUUUGCCAUCGCCCCAAGUGUCCCAGGACAGCCCACCCUGAGCUUUACAAGGGUAGAUGUCGAAUCUAGUGGCGCCUGCUUAUUUGACUCCGUUAGGAUUUACAAUUGGUUUGAUGGCGAUUAUCUCCAAGUGGCGAUAUUUUGUGGGACUACAAUUCCAACCAGUGUAACAUUCCAGGAUGGCGUAGGUCUCGUUUUGUUUUCGUCAGAUUCUAGCGUCACCGGGACUGGAUUCGACUUUCAAUAUGAGUAAUGCAUUGAAUAAAAUUGAUAAACUCAUUGUUGGCUGGACUUUUUUAGUCCGAGCGACAUACGUAUGUAUGUAUGUAUCAAAAAUUAUAUUUCGAUGUGGUUAAUAAAUUCAAGAUUUCUAUUUA